AUGGCAGGCAACAAGGUGAUGGCGGGUUUGUGGGCAUUUGGAUCAGUGCUUUUGUUUGUGAUCAGCAGUGGAAACACUGUGCAAGGACAAGGAAUCACAUGCACUCAAGCCAUAACUACACUGCAGCCAUGCCUUCCCUUCUUGCUAGGCACUGCUCCAUCGCCCGUUCCCUUUUGCUGUUCGGGCAUACAGACGUUGGUUAGGGAGGCUACCACCACGGCAAUACGCAGACAGCUUUGUCAAUGUAUCAAGACAGCUGCUGAAUCUGCUGGUGUUAUUCCUGGGAAUGCUCAGAAACUUCCUGGCUUGUGCAAAGUCAAUUUUCCAGUGCCUACCGACCCCAAUGUGGACUGUAGCACGAUUCCAGCCAUAUUGGGAACUGCCUAG